CUGCCAUUUCAUGUAAUGGCCAAACCACAUGAACGCAUGCAGGGAUGCCCAAACUUUUUCCACGGAUGGCCACAGACUGACAAGUCGAAGGAUGUGGGAGCCAUUUUGAUUGAGGACACACCUGCACUGUUGUGACUAUGAAAAAAGCUUGAGGGCACGCAUGCAUCCUUUUGACGACGGAAAAAGAUGUCGCCGCCCUUGGGACGCCUGCAAGAUUCUCCACCGGGACUUUCCACCGGUUCAUUAUCGAGGAGAAGCGCACCGUACCUGCCACACCAUGAAGGAAGCCUUUGUUCUGUGUUGACAGGACACUGUGUAUCAACGCUGUAAACAUGAAGGUUUGACCAUCAUGAGUUCCCUGGUGUGGUGCCCCGAACCUUCAUCGGCCCCCUCUUUGUCUCCACCCUCUGCUCCCCCGUAGUCUUACUGUCGUCUCUGCUGGACAUACCCAAAUUCUACAGCCAGCUUAUGGUCCGAGCCGCCCUGGGAGUGUUCGUCAUCGGUGCGUUAUGGCAUUUGCAGCGGGAAGCGAGGAGGCAGUUCGGCUCGACGGUGGCGAUCCUUUUCUGCCUGACGUGCGCGUCGCAGUUCCACCUGAUGUUCUACAGCACCAGGACACUUCCUAAUGUUUUUGCGUUACCGCUAGCUCUAAUCGCAUUCACGUCUUGGAUGGCUCAAAAAUACGGCAGCUUUAUCGUCUCCUCUGCCUUCGUCAUCAUCGUGUUCCGGAGUGAGCUCUGCAUCUUCCUGGGUCUCAUGUUGCUAAUGUCGCUCCAGAGUAGGAAACUGGCUUUCUUACCACUUCUCCGCUACGCUGUUCCUGCUGGAUUGCUGUCAUUAGCUCUAACAGUGGCCAUUGACACUUUCCUUUGGAGGAAACUUUUGUGGCCAGAAGGUGCAGUUUUAUGGUUCAAUGUCUUUCUCAACAAAAGUUCCAACUGGGGAAUAUCCUCCCCCUUUCUCUGGUAUUUCUACUCCGCAUUACCCCGUGCCUCCGGAUACACGCUGCUGUUCGUCCCGCUCGGCCUCCUGGAUCGGAGGAUGAGGGUCCUGCUGCUGCCCACUGUCGCCUUUAUCCUCGUCUACUCGCUGUUGCCACAUAAAGAGCUGCGCUUUAUCCUCUAUACUUUCCCUGUCUUCAAUUUGGUGGCUUCCCGAGGAUGCUCCUUUAUUUUGUGCAACUACAACAAAUCCUGGAUGUAUAAACUUGGAUCAGCUGUGGUGAUGGGUCAUCUAUUGAUGAACGCCGCCUACUCCAGUAUGUGUCUCUACAUUUCCCACCACAAUUACCCAGGGGGCCGAGGAAUGCAGCAGCUACACCGGCUGUUGCCCGCCACAGCAGACGUAUCUGUUCACAUCGACACAUACGCUGCUCAAACUGGAACAUCUCGCUUCAUGGAGGAGCAUCCACACUGGAGAUAUGACAAGCGGGAGGAUUUGAACCCUGCAAGUCCUGAAAUGAAAAUGUUCUCACACCUACUGAUGGAGGCCAACGCCACAAAGAUUGAAAUGCUCCAAAACACCCACAGACCUCUGGUAUUUAUCGAAGGCUACAGCAGAAUCGUUCUCGACAUGUUUAGUUUCCCUCCUUUCGGGGUGAGACUGGGGAGGAAAAGCGUGCUCAUGCAGAGGAUCACGUUCAACGAGGCCGAGUUGUCGAAUUAAAUGGGCUGUUUGCAACUUGCAAACCAAAAAAUAUAACAAGAUCAUCGCCGGCUAGUUUGUGUUACUAUUAGUGGUUUAACAGAACAUAUAAACCAGUGUAUACAUUUAAAAUGUCUAUAUUUUUCACUAUCACUCCAUUUUAUCCAAUAAAAAAAAAAGGGUUUUCGCAGGUCAUUAAAUUAAUUUUGUAAAAAUGAAGGCCUUAAAGGGCAUUAAAUACAAUAUCACACAAUUGCAAUUGGCAACAAAACAAACCACCCGACCCAGUUUUUCAAAUUUGGGAACAAAACUAGAAUAAUAAUAUACUGAUAUUUCAUGAUGUGCAAUUUUUCCUAACAACUUUUAAGAGUCCAUUUAUUUUUAUGUUUGAUUACCUAUUUAGGAUAAUUGAUUUAUUCACUUCCAAUAACAAAUGCUAGAAAAUAAUACACCCAUGAAAAAUAUGUUUAUUGCGUUUGAAAGGGUCACUUGUAAGUGCACCAAAAAAUAGAUUCACAUCCAAAUCAAGAUUCUUAUUCAUCCCUAAUCUAAAUUGAUUUUUAUUUUUUUUUAAUCAAUUUAAAAUUAAAAAAAUAUAGUUAUGUUGUUAUAAUAUAUACAGGUGGAAUAUUGUUGAAUAUUGUGCAAAGGUUAGUUUAUACCGUAAAAUUCUAGUGACUUUUAAUGUAAAAUCUACAAAAAAAUUUAACAGUGUACUUAAAAAAUAUAUAUAUAAUCAAAUGCAUCCAUCCAUCUUCAACCGCUUAUCCGGAAUCGGGUCGCGGGGACAAAAGCUCCAGCAGAGACCCCCAGACUUCCCUCUCCAGAGCUACAUAUGCAAUAUAAUCAAAUGCAUUGGCAAAUUCAUAUACAAGUGGCCCUCUGAGGGCAGCCAUAACUGUGAUGUGGCCCUCAAUAAAAAGAUUGACAUCAUAUUAAUUUCACCUUGUAAAUCUAAUGUAUAUUUGUGGCGUAGCACAACUUAAGAUCCAUUUUUCCUCACAAUAAUUAGGAUUUUAACAAACUUGUGGCAUUUUUUUUAACAAAACUCUCGUUAAAUACUUUGCACGCCCGUCAGAUUAGAUAGCUCAGCGGUUAUCACGCUUGUUGGUGGUGGGUUUGAGCCCUAAUUUGGGAAUCUUUUUGUUUUUUUUAACCGAUUUAACAGCCACUUAUGAAAAUUAAAACUAGGGAUGUCCGAUAAUGGCUUUUUGCCGAUAUCCGAUAUGCCGAUAUUGUCCAACUCUUUAAUUACUGAUACCGCUAUCAACCGAUAUAUACAGUCGUGGAAUUAACACAUUAUUAUGCCUAAUUUUGACAACCAGGUAUGGUGAAGAUAAGGUACUUUUAAAAAAAAUGAAUCAAAUAAGAUAAAUAAAUUAAAAACAUUUUCUUGAAUAAAAAAGAAAGUAAAACAAUAUAAAAACAAUUACAUAGAAACUAGUAAUUAAUGAAAAUGUGUAAAAUUAACUGUUAAAGGUUAGUAUUAUUAGUGGACCAGCAGCACGCACAAUCAUGUGUGCUUACGGACUGUAUCCCUUGCAGACUGUAUUGAUAUAUAUUGAUAUAUAAUGUAGGAACCAGAAUAUUAAUAACAGAAAGAAACAACCCUUUUGUGUGAAUGAGUGUAAAUGGGGGAGGGAGGUUUUUUGGGUUGGUGCACUAAUUGUAAGUGUAUCUUGUGUUUUUUAUGUUAAUUUAAUAAAAAAACAACAAAAAAACACACGAUACUGAUAAUAAAAAAAACGAUACCGAUAAUUUCCGAUAUUACAUUUUAACGCAUUUCUAAUUAAAACCCCUUAUUUAAGUUCCUUACUUAAUUUUCCUUGGAUUGAAAUGUAAAUAUUGACAGUUAUGUCCCCUCUCAAUCUCUUCAUUAAACACGACAAACGUCAGUUUGGACGAGCCUUUGAUUUUUUUUUCCUAUUUUGUUUAGGAAACAUCGGGCCAUUAGCGUAGUAAUGCUUUCAAUGGCACUAAUGUUGUGGUUAAUUUAGUACCAAUUACCGGAUUCCUCAAACAUCGUUAUUACCUUUUUGAUGAUGCCAUUUUCAAAUGAAUGAAUUAAUAAAAAAGGCCACUUUUCUCAUGUAGGGCAAAAGUGCACAUGUACUCUUGCACCGCGGCAGGUCUGUCAUGAGCACAGUUUCAGCGUAAAAGGGCAGGAUAUGCUUACGGCACGUUAGCGCCCUCUAGGCAUCCGCGUAAAGAUUGCAAACAACUCCUAUAAGGUACUUUUGUAAAGGCCAGUUUACAGUCAAUCUGAUGAAGAAAAAGUAUGUUCUUAAAAUAAUCAAAUUAGGCAUUAGAAUACAUUACUUAAGUAUCUUCUUUUUAGCAUUGAUGGACAUGCAUAUUCAAAUUUUACACAAAAUUAAGAUGGAAUUAUUAUUUUCCGCACCAGAUGUCAAACUCAAGGCCCGAGGACCAGAACUGGCCCGCCCCAUCAUUUUAUAUGGCCUGAAAAUAUAUGCUUCAAUAAAGUACUUUAUAUUUUCUUACUAAA